CAGUGCCCUAACGGCGCCAAGGGCAGUUUUGUCUUUAAGGGCAUCAAAAACCCUAGCCCCGCGGAUCUAUAUAAGCAGCGAGCCAGGCGAAACCCUAGCGAUCGGGUCCAACACCAGCCGCCGCCAUGUCGAAGCGAGGGAGGGGAGGCACGGCGGGGAACAAGUUCCGCAUGUCGCUGGGUCUGCCGGUUGCGGCGACGGUGAACUGCGCGGACAACACUGGCGCCAAGAACCUCUACAUCAUCUCCGUGAAGGGCAUCAAGGGGCGCCUCAACCGUCUCCCGUCCGCCUGCGUCGGCGACAUGGUCAUGGCCACCGUGAAGAAGGGGAAGCCCGACCUCAGGAAGAAGGUCAUGCCCGCCGUCAUCGUGCGCCAGCGCAAGCCGUGGCGCCGCAAGGACGGUGUCUACAUGUACUUCGAAGAUAAUGCUGGAGUGAUUGUGAAUCCCAAGGGUGAGAUGAAAGGCUCUGCUAUCACUGGACCCAUUGGUAAGGAGUGUGCUGACCUUUGGCCUAGGAUUGCUAGUGCAGCAAAUGCCAUCGUUUGAGAGCUUGUUAUAAUGUGUUAAGACUUCUGUAUGAUCUCAGUAUCUAUUGCAACUGGUGCUUGGAGUGCAAUUGGACUUAGUAGCUCCUUAUGUUUGGUGACACAGCAGUUUUGUAGUGAACAGAAAUUUGUCUACCAUGGUGAAUUGGUGAUCUAUAUAACAGUGUGCUUCUCUGCAGUUUGCUGUCCA